AUGGAAUCACCGGAAGUUAAUGGUCUCUCAGUGACCAAAGCCGAACUUGAACCAAUUGAAUCCAUCAAUCACACCCCAGAUACCCGCCCAGCCACACGAACACCAUGGCAAGAUCGUCUUGCGGAAUUGGCGCAUCUUGCAUCGGCAUCCCUCGGCGCAGAUAGCAGGGAUAGUAAUGCAGGCCCAUUGAUUCAUCGGCACCUCGACGCGAUUGAAGCUAUCCUACGCGAUCCGCAGCCGGAGUUCGCGCAAGAGGUAGCGCAUGGCGGCCGGCGGCGAAGCUUUCGCACAAAGUCUUUGCUAGGAGAUGCUGAUGCUGCGGAGCUAAAGGAGCCAGAUUGGCUGGCGAAGAGCCGUAAUGAGGAGCGCAAACGGCAAGGAAUGGCCUCCCAGCUCACGACGCUUUUGGGGGAGGUAACUUCUUUAAAUCAGGAGCUACAGCAACGGCAUACGGAGUCUGUUGAGAUUCGAGAAGUCUAUGAGGAUCGAUGCCGGGGGUUGACGAGGACGGUAGCUGAACUUGAGGAUGAAGUAUCUGAACUUCGCUCGGAUUUGGUGGAAGAUGCUGUUGAGUUGGAAGGCAUUCAAGGAACGAUCCAUGGGUUGCAACAUUGGAUUGAAGGGAUGCGCGACGAACAGAAAAGAGCCCGGCUUGCGAGAGAUUCUGUGCGCCGAAAAGCUAAACGAGGAUGGGGUGGUCGCAAACAUAUUGAUGAGAUUGGCGAAACAGAAGGAGAAGUUGUCCUUGAGGGACUGAGCGCCUGGAUGCGUGGAUGGAAAGAUGUUGAAGAUGGAUUCAAGAUCCGAGCACGUGGGCGAAGAACAAGGAGAGAACAGAGACAGCGCCAGCUAUUGAAAACUUGA